UAUUUUUAACAUUUACUAAGGAUAAUUGGAGUCAAAAUUAGAAGAGGUUGAAAAUUAGAGACCGGGCGGGAGAAGCAGUAGCGUAGUUUUGAGGUUCGAGGGAGCGGCCAUGGAAUUCCAAUUCCUUUCUACAAAGCCAUGAGAGUGAUUCUCUCUUUCAGAACAGCUCUGAAACUCAGCGCCAUCAUUCUCCCACCACUUUCUCGCCGCAGUUCCAUCGCCAAAUUUUCGACUUCUCUCGGCGCCCCUAAAAUCACCAGAAGCAGAGCCCCGUUGAUUCUGCAUCCGAAAGCAAUGGCGUCGUCAAUCUGUACGAUGAAGCCGGUGGUUCAAGUGAAAGAGAAGAUUGAACUCACUGAAACCGAGGAAAAGAUUUUUGAUAGGCUUCUCGGGACUCUUCGCCACUUCAAUCUCCAAACCCAGCUUCGUGUUGCCGGCGGUUGGGUUCGCGACAAGCUUCUCGGGAAAGAUUGUUACGACAUUGACAUCGCUCUAGACAAUAUGUUGGGUAGCGAGUUCGUGGACAGGGUUAGAGAGUACUUGUUGACAGUUGGGGAAGAAGCGCAAGGAGUCGCUGUUAUUCCAUGUAACCCUGACCAAUCUAAACAUCUAGAAACAGCAAGGAUGCGUAUCUUUGAUAUGUGGAUUGAUUUCGUAAACUUGAGGUGUGAGGAAUACAGUGAGAAUAGCCGUAUUCCUACUAAGCAAAAGUUUGGGACAGCAGAAGAGGAUGCAUAUAGAAGGGAUUUAACUAUCAAUAGCUUGUUCUACAACAUCAACUUGAGUUCAGUUGAAGAUUUUACCAAAAGAGGCAUUUCGGAUCUAAAGUUUGGGAAAAUUGUGACUCCUUUACCUGCUAAAGCUACAUUUAUGGAUGAUCCGCUCCGAGUACUUCGAGCCAUACGUUUCUGUGCAAGAUUUAAGUUCACAUUAGACGAAGAACUUAAAGAGGCUGCUGCAUGUGAAGAAGUAAAGGCUGCUCUUGCUGCUAAGAUUAGCAGAGAACGUAUUGGAGUUGAAAUUGACCUCAUGGUUGCUGGGAAUCAACCAGUUAAAGCAAUGAGCUACAUUUGUGAAUUGACGUUAUUUUGGACCGUCUUUACUCUUCCUUCUAACACUGAACUUGAAAUAUCUGAGGUGUGUAAUAGGCUUUGCAUUGCUUGUCUGGAUGCUACGUGGAGCCUCAUUCAUCUAAUAAAAUGCUUUACCUUUAAUGAAGAACAGAAAAGGCUCUCUAUGUAUGCUGCUCUCUUCCUUCCAUUCAGAAAAUUCACAUUUCAAGAUAAGAAAUCCAAAAAGAUUCCUGUUGUCAACUAUAUUUUUCGGGAUUCUCUCAAGCGGAAAGUUAGCGAUGCUGAUACAGUUGUUAACGUACAUCAGGCCUUGGAGAAGUUUUUGUCCUUGAUUCCGAUUCUUGCAUCAAAAGAGGAAAUCCAACCGAAUGGAGUUGAUUGGGGUGUUGAAUGUGCAGAUGUUCCUGUUACGUCAAGAAUUCGAGUAUUGACUGGGCUUCUUUUGCGGGAAAUCAAAGACUUCUGGCCUGUAGCUUUAUUGAUGGCCACUUUGUUAUAUCCUGCUAAUGUAGAUUAUACAGAAGAUCUGUUAAACAGGCACUUUGAACUGGAGAGGCGAAAAGAAUUAUUCGACGUUGCUUACAAUGAGAUUGUUAAAUUAGGUCUGGAAAACGUGUGGGAGGUGAAACCUCUAGUGAAUGGCAAGGAGAUUAUGAACAUUUUGCAGCUAAAAACAGGAGGACCACUUGUCAGAGAAUGGCAACAAAAGAUACUUGCAUGGCAGCUUGCUCGUCCCUCAGGGACGGCCGAAGAAUGCCUCGACUGGAUUCGACAAACUCACACAAAACGCAUCAAGUUGGAAUGAGGUUGGCUCUAAUUCUUCAAACUCUGAACAUUUUUUUUAGGUUCUGUUUGUGGUAGAAGAAAGGAGAGGUAGUUUUUUUUUUCUUUUUCUGUUAACAAUGAUAGAAAUGGGAAGAAUGGUGAGUUUUGAAGUACUAAUUUCAAUAUGAAUGAGUUGGAAGAUGGGGCAACUGUAUAUAGUUAAUAACUAGAACCUACAGGGGGAAAAAGGAGGAUUUAGAGGGGAUUUUAUUGUUCAUUUUGCAUUUGUUUUUAUUUAUUUAAAUAUUAUAAAGAUUUUUUUGUUU